AUACGUAUGCUUUUGACAGAAAUACUAGAAACCGCCAGGAGUUGGCAUUGUCUUCAGCCAGCACGCGAUUCAACCGAUAUCCUUGCUGCCAAUGACAGGUUUAGAUAUCGAUUUUUCUCUCUGCUCUCGGUAUGAUCGUGGGCAGAGUUCGAUCAACAGCAUAGUUUCUGGCAGCUGAAAAGAGAGGAUAUUUUUUUUCUAUGUAUAAGACGCAGCAACAUGAAUUGGACAUAAUUGUGGAUUAAAUCAGAGAGAUAAGAACACCUGUAAAAUGGUAGCUUAUUAAACAUAUACGUUCAUGGAAAAUGGCGUCGAGUCAUAAACAGGACCGCAAACAUUUGGUUACUGAUGACGCAGAUGAACCUUCAGAACCGGCUGAGGAGAUUCAUGAUCUCCCGCCAAAACACGGCAAGAAAGGUAGCAGAGGUGAGGGGAAGGAGUCUGAAAAAAGAAAACGCAGUUGCCCCCUAAAUUUCGGAGUUAAAUCGUAUUUACACAAUUUCUACGAGUCCCAUGCAUUUAAAGAUCCGUUGGUGUACGAAGAUGACGAUGAUUUCCGUUACUUGCUUCAUUCCAACCCAAAACGUCGAAGAUGUCCUCCAAUAUGGUGGAAGAUCUUUUUGUGGGUCGGGGUGAACUUGUUACUGUUUGGGGUGAUUGGUAUAUUGGUGGGUUAUCUGGUUCCCCCAAAAAAUCACCUUGAGAAGAUUGAUGAAGAUAAUGAUAUCGCUUACGUUGACAGAAAUGCCGAAGCCUAUAAUACCACUUUAGACAUGUGCAAAUUAAUAGGUCUCAUUCUGUUCUGUGUUGGCGGUAUGACACUUGCCCUGUCCCUUCUAUUCCCAAGUUUUUUCAGUCAAUACUGCGAAGAUGAUCCAAGAGAUGAAGCUAUAAAAGUACCUCUUCGCGAUGGUGAAAAGCCUCCUUUAAGCCCAAUUGAGAUGAGCGUUCCGGUAUCGGCAAAGCUUAAAGGAGUUCAGCCGACACGGAAAAGUCCAGAAGCUCAUAUGACCAAAACUGGUACAAUUCCCGUUAAAUGAUUUCUAUUAAAUGCCUAAAACUGACCUAAACGACUGCCAAAAUCGAUUAUUGAAUUUGUCAAUAACAGAAAAUAUCAAGUACCCUCUAGUGAAUGAAUGUUUCGCGGGGAAACAAAAGCUGCAGGCGUGAAUCCGCUUAUAGAUAGCUGGAUAAAUCUGACUACAGCUCAACCAUGACAACAGUUAAGAAUGCUUCUGGGAAAUAUCUUUUAUUGUACAUUAUAUUUUAUGGGUAGUAAACGGCAAUGGUAUAAAUCAAA